AUGGCUUCAACCACAACAACCGUUGACAAGUUAUUUGUCUGUCCUGGAUGUCAGAGAGGUGGCUUCAAAAGCAUCGGUGCCGUCAAGGCUCAUUUUGAGUCCAAAGGCCACAAGCUUGCUUGCAGUCCCUGCGACAGAUCUUUUGGAAAUGUAACAGCGUUGCUCAAGCACUCCCAGAAACAUGAAAAGCCCCUAGAUGCUCCCGAUCUCAAAACUCUCAAGUCGGCAAAACCAGUGCCAAAGAGCGCAAAGCAGCAGAAGCUCCAGGAUAUUGCCGAGCUCUUGUCUGCCAACCCUGUGAAGCCAGCCUCAAAGUCUGUGAAAUCUACAAAGUACCCCGAUCUCUCUGAGUCUUUUGUCAAGCCUGCAAAGCCAUCGCCGAAAACCAAGUCACAGGAUUACCCCGAUCCCCUGCCUGCCAACUCUCUCAACCCUGCGAAAUCCAUCACAAAGAAAACAAAACUUGAGAAGUCUCAAGAACUGUUUGAGUCUUUGUCUGUCAAAUCUGCGAAACCAAAUUCAAAGAAAACAAAGAUUGAGAAGUCCCUGGAUCGCUCUGAUAUCUUGCCUGCCAAGCCUGCGAAACCAGCUCAAAAGCACGCAUCAAACCAGACCCCAGUACGUGCUCCAGUGAGGGCAGAGGCUUUUGAAGACCUAUGGAACAAGUCCUCUGAACCUGAACACCCGAAUGCGUCAUCGCCUGCCACCCAAAACGCAAAUUAUCAUGUUGUCCUCGAGCCGCUCGAACAAAACUUGAUCUUUCGCUAUUUGUCGGCACGGUGUCACUCGGACACCCGUUUGGUCACCCGAGGUUUCACCUUUCGGGCUGGCUUGGCAGAUGUCAGCAAACGCCCAUCGAAGAAGCCCCCUCCGAAAACAGGACAUUUCCGCCAAGUUCCUCGCUCUUCGGUCGGCUUGCCGAAAAGGAGAGCAAUCGUUCUUGACUGUGAGAUGGUGCAGGUUGAAGCAGGACGUCGGGAGCUUGCUUUUUUGAGCGCAAUCGACUUUUUGACUGGCGAAGUUCUCAUCGACAAUUAUGUGCAGCCGAAAUCGAGAGUCGUGAAUUGGGAUUCUCGGUUCAGUGGGGUAACUCCCGGUGCCAUGAACAAAGCUGUGAAGAAAGGGACGGCCUUGUUUGGCUGGGAAGGAGCGCGCUCGAAAUUAUGGGAGUUCAUGGAUAGCGAGACUGUCCUCAUCGGUCAUUCUCUCAACAAUGACCUUGACGUCUUGGGUAUCAUCCACUGGAACAUUGUCGAUUCCUCUAUCAUUACCAGCGAAGCAGUGUUUUACUCUGUACAUGCCGGUGAACCACUCAACCGUACAUGGAGUCUGAAGACUCUUACCAAUGAAUUAGUCAAUUAUGAUAUCCAAGCUGGGAGACAGGGCCACAGUGCGCUGGAGGAUGCACACGCAACACGGGAUAUUGUGAUCUGGUGUCUGAGAUACCCGGAGCACCUGAAGGUAUGGGCGGACAAUGCCCGGGACCAAGAGGAGCAGCGCGCGUAUGAGAGGGAGUUGAAGAGGACGACAGAGGAGCAGGCGAAGGAGCAAAAGAGACAGCAUGAUAUGGAGAUAAAGAUCCAGAUGUUAUCUCGUGGCGUUAAUGGUUUGGAUAUUCAUGACAUUGGCCUGUCUGAUGAUGAUGCUAAUGACCCUGAUCAUUCUUUUGUCAAUCAUGAGGGUGAUGACGUUGACUACGAAUCGGUAACUAUUGAAGCGGCCGCAGCUUCAUUCUUUUGA